AUGGCAACAUUAAUUCUUAGGGCAACGCGCUCUGCGUUAUCAGAAGCAACCUCAACCUCUAUACAUGCGUCAACCUCUUUAACAGGAGCCAUCGCACGUUCGACCGCCUCGAAAUCUAGCAGAACAAGAGCCCAAUUUCAACAUCUUUCCAGACCUUUCUCUUCGACGUCCCGAUCCCAUCAAGUCGCCCCCUCUGCCUCAACUCCAACUCCAAACUAUCCCCGCAAGGUCAGCAAUAAUAAUAUCAAUAAGAAUGCAACAACAAAACCUCCCGCCCCCUCCGCGAAACCUUCCGCCAUAGACGAUCAAUCACCCAUCAAAGACAUGACUGGCGGCCUAGCGGACGAGCCACUCAUCCUCGACGAAGGAGUUAGGCAGGUGGAUUGGACGAGGUCAUUCCACGGCUUAUCGGCCCAACCGUUUUCAAAGGAAGCAGCAGACGUGUUGCUCGCGCCAAUACCUUUCGAUGAUGUGGAAGUCAAGCCGGACGGGAUCAUAUAUCUGCCAGAGAUUAAAUACAGGAGGAUAUUGAAUCGAUCUUUUGGACCAGGGGGUUGGGGAUUGGCACCGAGAGGAGAGACCAUUGUUACGGGGAAGAGUAUCACGAGAGAAUAUGCACUUGUUGCACAUGGAAGGUUAGUAUCCGUCGCCCGAGGAGAACAGGACUAUUUCUCGCCCGAAGGCAUUCCAACUGCCACCGAAGGGUGUAAAUCCAACGCCCUGAUGCGGUGUUGCAAAGAUCUAGGGGUGGCCAGCGAGUUAUGGGAUCCGAGAUAUAUCAGAGUGUUUAUGAAGGAGAAAGCGAAACAGGUUUGGGUCGAGCACGUACCCUCGAAGAAGAAGAAGCAGAUAUGGUUGAGGAAAGAUGAUGAAGUCAGGUAUCCAUUCAAGGAAACCAAAUACAACGCAUAG